AUGCCGCACCACGCAGUCAUCCGAAGGGACCGCGAGACAACAAAGGUUCGAAUUGUGUUUGAUGCCUCGUCGAAGGCUCACGGUUCUCUCUCUCUCAACGAAGCUCUUCACGCCGGCCCUAACCUUAACCCUGACGUUCUGCAAUUGCUGUUGCGGUUUCGAUCUUAUCAUGUGGCUCUCACAGCGGAUAUAGAGAAGGCGUUUUUACAGAUCGUGCUGGACAGUGCUGACCGAGAUUGUUUGCAGUUUCUGUGGUAUGCCACGACGCCACGAGCAGGCGAACCGUUGCCCCCAGUAGAAAUUUGGCGCAUGACACGAGUGCCUUUUGGAGCCAAGUCCAGUCCCUUUCUACUCGCUGCCACUAUACGUCACCACCUGAGAGCAGCAGAAGAGACAUACCCACGCACGGCGUCCUUACUUUCCAGCCAUUUCUAUGUGGACGACCUCGUUGUUGGUAUGCUAUCGCCGGAAGAGGCACUUACUGUUUACCACGAGUCGCGGCAAAUCUUCCGCGACGCGGGCAUGAAACUGGUUAAGUGGACGAGCAAUAAUGCUAUUCUCCGGGCUACCUUCGACGCCGAUGAGACAGGAAGUUCGACCACGUCGCCACUAAGGAAGGUCCAAGGAAUUGUUUGGGAUAUCGAGACAGAUGAAAUUCGGUAUCCGUUGAAGUCAAUAUCGGAGUUCCUGGAGCAACGGUCGAAUACCAAACGGUAUAUACUGCAAGCAGUGGCUCGCAUUUAUGAUCCCUUGGGCUAUGUGGCGCCUUUCGUGUUGACAGCCAAGAUUUUGCUACAACGGAUUUGGCUCUCCAAGAUGAGUUGGGACGAAGAACUACCAGAAGACCUGAUGGGAGUGUGGUCGUCUUGGUGCCAGCAGGUGCCUUUAUUGUCUCGCGUCUCGUUACCACGGCGGCUCGGCGGGAAGAUGUCGGAGGGCAGCAUCGCGCUGCAUAUGUUUUGCGACGCGAGUCCGCGAGCAUACGGUGCGGCCGCAUACCUGGUGACGCUCGACAGGGACGGUCAUUACAGGGCGGAUCUUCUUUUGGCAAAGUCUCGGGUGGCCCCGGUCAAAACGGUCUCCUUACCGAGACUCGAGUUAAUGGGUGCCGUCAUCGCGACCAGGCUUAUGAGAUUCUUACAGACGACGUUAUCUCUGUCCACCGUACCCACUGUGUUAUGGACGGACUCUGAGAUAACACUCUACUGGAUUUACGGAUCGACGAACCUUUUGUUUCGUUUUUGUUCUGGAAACCUUUUGUACAGAACCGGGUGUCGGAGAUACGGGCUGGUACGGAGCCUAGUCAGUGGUGCCACUGCCCCGGCAAAGAAAAUCCCGCGGAUCUUCUCACGAGAGGCACUUCAUGCCUCCAAUUGCUGA